CGGUCGGCGGCUUUGGCGAGCCGGGGGAGGGGAGCGGUGGCAGCGAGGGCUGCGGAGCCUCGCGCGGGCGGCGAGGGGCCUCUGAGCGCGGCGGGCGGCGGCGCCACGAGCGCAGGUCAGCUCAGCAUGUCAGUCAGCGUCCACGAGACCCGCAAGUCGCGGGGCAGCGCGGGCUCCAUGAACAUCACGCUGUUCCACAAGGCCUCGCACCCCGACUGCGUGCUGGCCCACCUCAACACGCUGCGCAAGCACCGCAUGUUCACGGAUGUCACGCUCUGGGCCGGCGACCGCGCCUUCCCCUGCCACCGCGCCGUGCUGGCCGCCUCCAGCCGCUACUUCGAGGCCAUGUUCAGCCACGGCCUGCGGGAGAGCCGCGACGACACUGUCAACUUCCAGGACAACCUGCACCCCGAGGUGCUGGAGCUGCUGCUGGACUUCGCCUACUCGUCCCGCAUCGCCAUCAAUGAGGAGAACGCCGAGUCACUGCUGGAGGCGGGUGACAUGCUGCAGUUCCACGACGUGCGCGACGCGGCCGCCGAGUUCCUGGAGAAGAACCUGUUCCCGUCCAACUGCCUGGGCAUGAUGCUGCUGUCGGACGCCCACCAGUGCCGCCGGCUCUACGAGUUCUCCUGGCGCAUGUGCCUGGUGCACUUCGAGACCGUGCGGCAGAGCGAGGACUUCAAUAGCCUGUCCAAGGACACCCUGCUGGACCUCAUCUCGAGCGACGAGCUGGAGACGGAGGACGAGCGCGUGGUCUUCGAGGCCAUCCUCCAGUGGGUGAAGCACGACCUGGAGGGGCGCAAGGCCCACCUGCCCGAGCUCCUGCGCAGCGUGCGGCUGGCCCUGCUGCCGUCCGACUGCCUGAAGGAGGCCGUGUCGGGCGAGGCCCUGCUCAUGGCCGACGAGCGCACCCGGCUCAUCGUGGACGAGGCGCUGCGCUGCAAGACCAGGAUCCUGCAGAACGACGGCGUGGUCACCAGCCCCUGUGCCCGGCCGCGCAGGGCCGGCCACACGCUGCUCAUCCUGGGGGGCCAGACCUUCAUGUGCGACAAGAUCUACCAGGUGGACCACAAGGCCAAGGAGAUCAUCCCCAAGGCCGACCUGCCCAGCCCCCGCAAGGAGUUCAGCGCCUCGGCCAUCGGCUGCAAGGUCUACGUGACCGGGGGCCGGGGCUCCGAGAACGGGGUCUCCAAGGACGUGUGGGUGUACAACACCGUCCACGAGGAGUGGUCCAAGGCGGCGCCCAUGCUCAUCGCCCGCUUUGGCCACGGCUCGGCCGAGCUGGAGAACUGCCUCUAUGUGGUCGGGGGACACACGUCCCUGGCCGGUGUCUUCCCGGCCUCCCCGUCGGUCUCCCUGAAGCAGGUGGAGAAGUAUGACCCCGGCGCUAAUAAGUGGACGAUGGUGGCCCCGCUGAGGGAUGGCGUCAGCAACGCCGCGGUCGUGAGCGCCAAGCUGAAGCUCUUCGUUUUCGGGGGGACCAGCAUCCACCGGGACAUGGUGUCAAAAGUCCAGUGCUACGACCCCUCGGAGAACCGGUGGACCAUCAAGGCCGAGUGUCCCCAGCCGUGGCGGUACACUGCCGCCGCCGUGCUGGGCAGCCAGAUCUUCAUCAUGGGGGGCGACACGGAGUUCACGGCCGCCUCGGCUUACCGCUUCGACUGCGAGACCAACCAGUGGACUCGGAUCGGGGACAUGACCGCCAAGCGCAUGUCCUGCCACGCCCUGGCCUCGGGCAACAAGCUCUACGUGGUGGGGGGCUACUUCGGGACCCAGCGGUGUAAGACGCUGGACUGCUACGACCCCACCUCGGACACGUGGAACUGCAUCACCACCGUGCCCUACUCGCUCAUCCCCACCGCCUUCGUCAGCACCUGGAAGCACCUGCCCGCGUGAAGAACACCUGCAGAACCCGGCCAGACUCUACGCGUUUCUCCCUGCCCCACGGCUGCAGCCCUCAUUGUCACAUGGUGGCCCUGACCCUGCCUGCCACAGCAGGACGCCCCGCCCGGCCCCACCAGCUC